AAGUCUCCCAACACGUACGUAACAGAGAAAACGGAAAACUUCUCCAAGGACAACGUAGAAAAUUUUACCGAAAUUUCCCACAAUGCCCCCAAUUCUUCCAUUUAACAAACCCCCCCGCCCCCUCGACUCAGCGCCUCAUCCCCUUCUCCCUCCUCGCCGCGCUCCCUCUCUCUCUUUCUACUCUCUCCCAUUAGAUGCCCCAGUUGGACCUCGAGAAAUUCGUUUGCGUUGGAAACCGGAAGGUCUUCUGCGAGACCCUGGUCGACGUCGCCGGCGGCGGAGAGCCGAGGCAGAAUCCGCCUCUGGCAGCGGUGGAGGACCCGGACAACCUGGCGGGGUCCUUCGAGCGCGAGAUCGGUUGGGCGGACCGGAACGCCGUUUAUGGUCGGAACGACUCCACCACAGGAAGCACCAAUCCCAAGUCCAGCAACGCCCGGAGGGGAUCGGCGGCAUCGAAUUCCCAGCUCGUUUCCACGAAUCUCAAGGCGAACACCCCCAUCAUCGGCCUCCCCGGAAAGAUCCAGCACUCCGGCUUCGACGGACGGAACGCCCGCCGGCCGCCGCGGAUCCGGAUCUUCCCGAAAAAGAAGGCCAGGAGGGCCGAAGGAGGCGGCAGAGGGAAGUCAGCGGUGCCGGAGUCGGAGCCCGGGUCGCCGAAGGUGUCGUGCUUCGGGAAAGUGUUGUCCGAUAGGGAGCGGGAGCGGCGCCGGAGGGAGGGACUAAGGGCGGCGGAGGGGGAAUGGGAGGGGUGGCGAUGCUCGGCGGGCUUUGGAGCGAUUUUCCGGUGUGGUGGGGGAGGUCAGACGGCGGAGGAGGAGGCGGAGAGAAAGAUCACCGUACCGCCGAGGAAUAUUCCGGCGCUGGCCGCGAGUGUGCCAGAAUCUCUGGCGGAUGCGCCGGUCUUGGGCGAGAUGAAGCGGUUCGUGUCGGGGCGGAGGGCAGCGUCGUGGGGAGCCGAGGCGGAGGCGGAGGCGGAGGCGGAGGCGGGAGCGGGGGGAAAGACGGUUCGGGUGGGGGUGUGGGGCCGGCGGUCGGUAGGUUCGGUGGGGGAUGGGGAGUGAUGGCGGGAGUAGGAGGCUCGCGCCUUGGCUUCGUUGGAAUUUUCUAUGAAGUUAGAGUAGCUCCAAAGUUUUGAGUUUGUUAAUAUUUUUCUUUUCUUGUAUGAUCUCAUCGCUUUUGGUGCGUUGGAGGGUGUACAGAUGUGGGGGAUAAGAUUCAUGGUAUAUCAUUGGUUAUAUUGAUUUCUUUUUUCUUA